GGCGGGGUGGGCGCCGGCGGCGCGAUGCUGGGCGUCGUGGAGCUGCUGCUGCUGGGGGCUGCGUGGCUGGCGGGCCCGGCCCGCGGGCAGAAUGAAACGGAGCCCAUCGUGCUGGAGGGCAAGUGCCUGGUGGUGUGCGACUCCAACCCCACGUCGGACCCCACGGGCACAGCCCUGGGCAUCUCUGUGCGCUCCGGCAGCGCCAAGGUCGCUUUCUCCGCCAUCAGGAGCACCAACCACGAGCCGUCCGAGAUGAGUAAUCGCACCAUGAUCAUCUACUUCGACCAGGUACUAGUGAACAUUGGGAACAACUUUGAUUCAGAACGCAGCACUUUCAUCGCCCCGCGCAAAGGGAUCUACAGUUUUAACUUCCACGUGGUAAAAGUCUACAACAGACAGACCAUCCAGGUGAGCCUCAUGCUAAACGGGUGGCCAGUGAUUUCAGCCUUCGCUGGUGAUCAGGACGUGACCCGGGAGGCCGCCAGCAACGGAGUCCUAAUCCAAAUGGAGAAAGGCGACCGAGCAUACCUCAAGCUAGAGCGGGGAAACUUGAUGGGGGGCUGGAAGUACUCGACCUUCUCUGGAUUCCUCGUGUUUCCUCUCUGACUGGCUCAUAGCCGGAAGGGAGGCAGGGAGAGGGCGAAGCCAGGAAGGGGAGUGAGAAAGAGGCUGAAAUUAAGAGGGCGAGAAAGCAGCACGACUUGAAACUUCCUACAGGUUCCCUAACUGUAUCUGAGUAAAAAGGUGCAAGCCCGGCGGUGGGACAACUUUGUCCAUUUCCUUAUUAGGAGAAAUAAAUUCCGCUUAGCUCUGCGCACUCCCAUUUCCAAAAAUAAACUAGCCUCCCCAUGCCAGUUACAGUAAUCAAGAAAGAGACUGCCUUGUCAUUGUUUCUUAUCCCCAACUUCAUGUUCCCUGCAAAUUAUUUAAAGAAACUAUGUAUUUCGCUACAUAAUCUGAAAUCUUUCUCCCAAGCCCCCUCUGAAUUCUUCUACCUACUGAAAUCUAAUAUAUUCCCCACCCCCAACCGUUUUUUCCAUUUGGAGAGGGGGUAAGUUUUUUAUUUAUUUAUUUAUUAUUUGGAUGGGGGAGGUAGUUUUAAUUUGGCAAGUGUUGCUCUUCUUAAAACACCGCUCAAGUUAAUUAGCUGAAGAUACUUUGAAUCCUCGGCUACUUGUUAGCAGAGAAAGGACUCACCCUUAGUGGUGACUGGUUUAAAAAUAUGAAUAUAUAUCAUUUGUACACGAAGAACUCUUCCCAGUGGAAACUGGCUGUGUUUCCGUAUUUCUAUGUCCUAUUCGGAGUGAUCGUGAAAUCUAAGGCUGCUUGAUGUUCUGAUGCUUGUCAAUGCCGUCGUGCUCUGUGGCUCCAUGAAACGCCACGGAGCUUCUUCCGGACGCUUCCUCUUCCUCUGUAACAUACGUGUGAAUAGCCAAGAUUUAAUUUUGCUUUAAUCCAAUAAAGUCGAAGUGGGACUUUUA